AUGGGGUUCCUCGGUGAGCGCCAAAGCGCGGGUGCGGCGCAGCUACAGCCUCUCGGGGAGCGCAAUUGCGCGGGCGCGGGCUCGCAGACAGGGCACUGCGGCGAGAGCAAGUAUGCGAACGGGUGGUGGCGGGAGCUGCGCGUGCUGAUGAGCCGGUCCAUGCGGGUCAUCGCGCGCACACGCGCGCUGUACCUGCUGCGCCUGCUGCUCAUCAUGGUCACGGGGUUGCUCAUCGCGUCGCUCUUCUGGCGCCCGUCCUUCAACGCGGAGGGGCUGCACGAGCGGCUGGCGUUCAUCUCGUUCCUCGUGUGCACGCUCUUCUUCUCCUCCGCCGACGCCACGCCCUUGUUCAUCCAGGAGCGCAACAUUUUCAUCCGGGAAACAUCGCAGCACGCAUACAGGCCGUCCACAUACAUGGUGGCAUCGACGCUCGUGUACCUGCCUCUGCACGUGCUCAUGGCCCUUGCCAUCACUGCGGAGUCCUGGUGGUGUGUCAACCUGUCCGGUGGAGGAACCUCGUUUUUCUUCGUGGUGCUCGUCUGCUUCUGCUGCCUCUUCACGGGGAAUGCCUAUGCCACGUUCGUCAGCGCUGCUGUCAACAAUGUCAUCCUCGCCUAUGCCAUCGUCAUCUCCACCAUGGCCAACUUCGCACUCGUCUGCGGCUUCUACAUCCAGCGGCAGAGCAUCCCACCGUUCUGGAUCUGGCUGCACUACCUCUCACCGGUCAAGUACGCCUACGAGGCAGUCACGCUCAACGAAUUCACUGCAGCCGGCCCCUCCACCUGCUACCAGCCCGCAGGAGAUCUCUUCGCCGCCACGCCUCUCUCCGUGCUCCUCUCACCUGCUCAGGUGAAUCAGUCACUAGCUGUGCUUCGCCCGGGGUUGGCUCGGACGCCGUUUGCGGAUUUGUCGGUGGGGACGUGUUUGCAGACAGGGCCGCAGCUGCUGGUGUACUCGCUGGGGUUGACACAGAUGACCAAGUGGGAGUGUGUGGCGGUGCUGCGGAAAUCUGGGGAGGGAACCCUCAAGCUGAGGUGCAUCGCACUUGAUGGAGGUGUUGGCAGUAUCCUACGAUCACAUGCGAGUGCAAGCAGUAAGGCGUUGCCUGCCAUGGAGGCCAGAAUGGACACAGAAAGCGCCUCUCCGCGAGCUGCGCCUCCUCCACAUUCCGCCCCUCUCCUCCCCGACUCUCCUAUCAACGACGCCGCUUCUCACGCCGCCGACACCGCUGUCACCAUCUCCUACCAAAUGCGCUACUCCGAAGAGUCCUCGCCGGAUCGCGUGUCCGCCUCGGAUUCUUCCUCGUCGUCGUCCUGCUCAUCAUCAACCGAGUCAGAAUCCGAUCAAGUUGAGAUCGACUGCGGUUCGAUAGACGAAUCCGAAGAGGGGGUGCUCAAGAAACCACUCUACGCCAGGACCAUGGAGCUCAGCUUUCGGCACGUGUCGUACACCGUCUCUACGCGCAGCAAGCGCGGGAGCGACGCCGGCGCUGGAGGGAGUGCUGCCGCCAGCAGCCGAAGCGUUUCCCAAAGCGGAAGCGGCGGGAGGUGCGGGAGCAACGGGAGUAGCAUCAGCCGAGCGAGCAGCAGAAUGAGCUCCGUUUCUCGACAGCUGGCGAUGAAGAAGCAUUACAGCCGUACAAUUCUCGCCGAUAUCAACGGCGCCGCGAGAUCCGGCGAGGUCACGGCCAUCAUGGGCGCGAGCGGCUCGGGCAAGACGACGCUGCUUAACAUCCUCGCGCACCGCAUUGCGAAGGAGCGACGGUCGGGCUCGGUGGAGCUGGACGGCGCCGUGGUUCGCGGGAGUACAAUGCGGCGCAUGUCGGCGUACGUGAUGCAGGACGACCUCAUGUUUCCCGCGCUGACCGUGCGCGAGACGCUCAUGUUCGCCGCGGAGUUGCGUCUCGCGGCGAACGGAGUGACGAAGGAGGAGAAGGAGCGGAAGGUGGAGAGCCUGUUGGAGCUGCUGGGACUCACCAAGGUGGCCGACUCGCUCAUCGGAAACGAGAGCCAACGCGGUGUGUCCGGCGGUGAGCGCAAGCGCGUGGCGAUCGGAGUGGAGAUGGUGAGCGAUCCGCGGAUCCUCUUUCUUGACGAGCCCACGUCCGGUCUCGACUCUACCAGCGCAUACCGCGUCGUGCGGACGAUUAAAGACAUCGCCGUGCAGACUGGCAGCAUCGCGAUUAUGGUUUUGCACCAGCCUAGUUUCCGCGUGCUGUCUUUAAUCGACCGUCUGCUGCUCCUCGCGUCGGGGCAUACUAUUUUCCACGGACCGCCUCCCCAACUUCCGACGUUCCUCGCAUCGUUCGGCUGUCCCGUGCCGCAGUUCGCUAAUAAUGCCGAAUUCGCCCUAGAUCUUAUCGAGGAUUAUCAGCGGUCGGAGCGUGGGGUCGCGGAUCUUGUCGCAUACGCCGCGUCGUACCAGCAGUUGUCACACAUGUCACAGGACACCCUUCAGUCGUCGCUCACGAAAACGAGCGUCGCUGAGAACUUUGCCGCUCUUCCUGCCCCUCAUUCCACUUUGGAGUCGAACUCCUGUCGCGCCGACACCGCCGAUGGCUCUGUCGCCGUGCGGAUCGACGGCUGCGCAAAUCCCGCCGUCGAUGCCGCCGUAGUCGCCGCCGCAUCCGCCGCCGUGAUCACCGCGCAGAAGAGCAUAGUCGGGGAGAAAGCGGAGGACAAGAGCGCGGGGGACACUCGGCGGUACGCCAAUGGGUGGAUGAGCGAGCUGAUGGUUCUGACGAAACGAGCGGCUUUGAAUCUGUGGCGAACGCCGGCUCUCUACCUUCUGCGCCUCGCGCUGGUGGCCGUGACGGGCGUCAUGCUCGCGACGCUCUAUUUCAACCCAGAUGAGAGCUUGUCGGGUUUCCAGGAACGACUGGCGUUCUUCUCCUUCUCCAUCUGCGUGCUCUUCUUCUGCUGCCUGGACGCCGUGCCCAUCUUCAUCGAGGAGCGAAACAUCUUCAUCCGCGAAACCACACGCAACGCGUACCGUCCCUCCACGUACCUCGUCGCCACGACGCUCGUGUACCUGCCGCUGCAGCUCGCCAUGGCGUCGAUCUUCGUGCUCGAGAACUGGUGGGCGAUUAAUCUCACGGGCGGCGCGGCGGGAUUCUUCUUCAUGCUGCUGUCGUGCUUCCUUAUCCUCUUCUCGGCCAGCUCAUUCGCCAUCGCCAUCAGCGUCGUCGUGGACCA